CUUCAGGUGCUUUUUAUUUGGGUUUUAUAAGGAGAUCUCUGCUGUAUCUCCCUCACUGCGCUCCGCCCGGUGCUUGAGGACAGAAGAUGCCCAGGCAGUUCCUCUGCCCAGUGUUCGGCUCGUCACUGUGGUUGGCACUGAUACUCCAGUCUCUCAUUUCCUCCGCCGUUACCUACAGGAGACCAGUGUCCGGAGGGAAGAGACAGAGCUUUCUGGAGAGAACCUUGAUUUUACUGGACGUGAAUACGCGAAGCCCGGUGAAAGUUUUGAAUGACAACUUCCUCUCCUUCCAGUUGGAUCCCUCUAUUAUAAAGGAUGGCUGGCUGGACUUUUUAAGCUCCAAGCGGUUAGUCACUCUGGCACGGGGACUCUCUCCAGCUUAUUUGAGGUUUGGGGGCAAACGGACCGACUUUCUCCAGUUUCAUAACCUGAAGAAUCUUGCAAAGUUUAGAGGGCCUGGACCAGACUAUUACCUCAAAAACUAUGAAGAUGAUAUAGUGCGUAGUGACUUCGCUCUGGACAAACAAAAGGGUUGCAAGCUGGCCAGCCACCCAGACAUGAUGCUGGAACUGCAGCGGGAGAAAGCGGCUCAGAUGCAACAGGUCUUGUUGAAAGAACAGCUCUCCAACAUCUAUAGCGACGUCACAUUAACAGCCAGGUCUUUAGACAAACUUUACAACUUUGCCGACUGCGCGGGACUGCACCUGAUCUUUGGGCUGAAUGCCCUGCACAGAAACCCUGACAACUCAUGGAACACCUCCAGUGCUCUGAGUCUGCUCAAGUACAGCGCCGGCAAAAAAUACAACAUCUCCUGGGAGCUCGGCAAUGAGCCCAACAGUUACCGCACAAUGGCUGCUCGAUCAGUUAACAGCUCUCGUCUGGCUCAGGAUUACUCUCUUCUGAGAACGUUACUGCAGUCGGUGCGUUUCUACAGCCGAGCGAACCUCUACGGGCCCAACAUCGGCCGUCCUCAUAAAAAUGCAAUCAUGUUACUAGAUGGGUUUAUGAAAAACGGUGGUUCUGUGGUUGAUGCAGUAACGUGGCAACAUUACUACAUUGACAGGCGGGUGACCAAAGUGGAAGACUUCUUGAAGACAAGACUUCUAGACACCCUGUCUGAGCAGAUUACCAAGGUGUUAAAGAUUGUUCAAACUCGUGCUCCAGAGAAGCGUGUGUGGCUGGGUGGAGUUGGUCCAGCUUGGGCAGGGGGAACCAACAAUUUAUCUGACACAUUUGCUGCUGGUUUUCUGUGGCUCAACACUCUUGGGAUCGCUGCAGCUCAUGGGAUUGAUGUUGUACUCAGACAUUCUUUUUUUGAUUAUGGAUACAACCACCUCGUCGACCAGCACUUCAACCCUUUACCUGAUUACUGGUUAUCUCUGCUCUUUAAACGUCUGGUGGGCCCCAGGGUGCUUGCGGUGCACGUGGCAGGUCUCCAGAGGAAACCACGCCCUGGACAGGUGAUCCGGGACAAACUCCGCAUCUAUGCACACUGCACCAGCUUUCACAAUCAUGAUUAUGUCAAAGGGUCCAUAACCAUCUACAUCAUUAACCUUCAUCGCUCACGGAAGAAAAUCAAGCUGGCCGGGACUUUACGAAAUAAAACUGUUCACCAAUACCUGUUACAGCCCUUCGGCACAAAUGGACUUCACUCCAUGUCUGUGCAGCUGAACGGAGAGCCCUUGCGUAUGGUGGAUAAUGAGACAUUUCCUGAGCUGAAGCCACGGACGCUCAGGGCUGGAAGAACGAUAGCCAUGCCACCUGUAUCUAUCGGCUUCUACGUCAUCAAGAAUAUAAAUGCUUAUGCCUGCCGCAGAUAACACAUACUGACCAGCCUCAGGCCAUCUUCAUGGCCUUCUCCUCUUUUAAUAAGCCCACAGAGCUGUGGAAAAGACCCCUUUGUUCAAGCAAGGGUUGCACUGAAUGUUUCUCCUCUUUUUACCACAACAAAAGCUUGACUUGUGGAAAGUGAAUGUAUUUUGGUUGCCCAUUUGUGGAUUUUUUUUGUCGCUUUUGGUAGCAGGAGUGUAAUGAAGUCUCACAGUGCUUCACAGAGUGUCCCUGAGAGCUUUGUAAUCCGAUGUUGAAGACCAGGUUAAGCUAUGAACCAAGUGCCAAUGUGUGGUUCAGAAGCGGUGCGAUGAUUACAAAGCAGAACGAGCUGAAUUUUAACAUUUUCUGCUGCAAUUUUGUGGGAAAAUCUGUGCAAUGGGUUUAAACAUGGUAAAAUUUGUUAAACAGAUAUGACAGCACUACAUUCUCAUUGGUAGCUAGAAACAUGAUCAGAUUUGUCUAAAUAUAUUAAGUGACAGCCGUUCCAGUUCUUUGUAGUUCUGUGGGUGUGGAUUCUGUGUGGCCCUGUCUGUCAGCUUAAUGUGAUUCAGCAGAGUAGGACAUGUUCCUGGAUCAACAUCCUUGUUGGUUCUUAAACAACAUUCCAGCUCGAUAGCCAAUCAGAUUUUAAGGUUAGAUUUAAGGGGCUUGAACAAUGUUCUUUUCAACCAAUCAUUUGUCUUGGAUUUUAGAGGUAGGUUAUGCUUAGGGUUGCAAGUCUUAGAACUAUGAUUGCUUGCUAGAAAUGUUGUUCCAGGACCAACAAAGGAGGUUAAUCCUGCUAAAUCACAUUGUACAAAUAACAGUUUGAUCUGAAUUACAUCUCUCUUGUGUACUUUUUUUUUGGAUACUGGGGUCUAAAGCCACUCCAAAAUGCACAGGGCCAAAACCUGAUCUGUUAUCUUAUUUUUU